CAGGCGGCUUUUCCGCAUUCCUCAACCAAUCAGAGCAGCGGGAAGACAAGGCAACCAGGAAGUCCUCGCUCGGCGUCGUCGUUGUUCCGAGUGAUGUCGCUUGUUCAACUGCUGUGCGUCAUAUUAGGAAAAGCCACAACCUUCUUUUCACUUUCAAUCAUCAUCAUCGCAGUUGUUCUCAAAGGUUUGGACGACCCUGAGCCAACUCACCUUGCCAGAAUGACAUCAGACAUAAAAACUCUGGAGGAAAAUUUCAGGCAGAAGAAUAAGAGCUGCUUCAUCCUCGGGGCAUCUGGUGAGACUGGCAAGGUGCUGCUGCAAGAGUUACAGCAGCGCAACAUCUUUGCCAAGAUCACACUCAUUGGAAGAAGGCAGCUGAACUUUGAAGGCAAAGCCUUUGAAAACCUGGUUCAAGAGGUAGUGGACUUUGAGAAACUUGAGGACCAUGCUGCUGCCUUCCAAGGCCAUGACGUUGGCUACUGCUGCCUGGGAACAACCAGAGCAAAAGCAGGGACUGAAGGAUUCAUCCGAGUUGAUCAUGACUAUGUAUUAAAAUCUGCUGAGCUUGCCAAAGCUGGAGGCUGCGAACAAUUCCACCUUCAAUCUUCAAGAGGAGCGGAUAAAAGCAGCAACUUCCUCUACCUCAAAGUCAAGGGACAAGUGGAAGCGGACAUACAGGCAUUGGAUUUUGACAGAUAUGCUGUUUACAGACCUGGGGUGUUGCUGGUGGAGCGACAGGAGAGUCGGCCUGGCGAAUGGCUGGCCACGAAGUUCUUUGGCGCCGUCUCUGCCGUUUGCUCCACAUCGAUGUCCAUCCCCAUCCAAACGGUGGCCAAGGCUAUGGUGUCAAACACCGUGCUUCAGUCUGAACACAAGUUUGAGGUCCUAGAAAACAAAGCCAUCAGCACGUUGGGAAAGAGUGACACCAAGUAACUCUGCAGCUGAGUUUUGUAACAUUAAAAGUGUGUCACUUCUUUAAACUUAUUGGAUUCAUUUGUUGACCUUGGUCCUGAAUAAUAUUUUUAAUGAAUGCUUUUUCUGUUGAUGUAUUUGCACCGCAACACACAACUGCUACUUUUGCAUUUACAUUUUUACUCCUGUGAACUCAAUUAUCCCCACUCCUAAUUUUCCUUCUCAGGGCAAUGCUGUUCGUAGCAGACGAUUUGUAACUCAGAGUCAUCACAUCACGUCAAAGGAGUGUAAUUAUUAUUGGCUUUUAAAAAAAAUGUAUUUUACUUGUUCCUGCUGUCAAAUAUUGAAGACUUUUCACACUUCAACCAUUUUGAGAACCCUGCCUUACUUAAAUGUUGCUUGCUUACUAGCAUGUGUUGAAUGUUUCAGAUGUUGUUUUUAAUAUAAAUAAUUGACUUGGGUAAUUUUGUAUUGUUUCUCCUUUAUUUUAUUGUUUUGCACUUUGAAUGUACAUUUUUGAAUAAAUCCAAAUUGCCUUG